UGCCCUACGCGGCUUCCGUCCGAGCUCACAUGCGACAACAGAAGGUCAGACAUGGCAGCUUGUGCGGUAGGGCUGGACAAAUUUAUGUUUUCGCUGAGGCUAUUACGGAACCUCCGGCUCCAGAAUGAACGGUUCAUAUCCACAUCUGUGUGUCGUCUUGCUGCGGGAAGCAGCGAGGAGCCACCAAAGUUCAUCCCUCCAUCCAAACCUAUCAUCGUGGAUAAAACACAGACUGCGGUGUCUCAGCGGAAGGUGCUGAGCCCAGAGUUCCUCCCUCCUAGACAGAGAACAGACCCUUUUAAAUUCUUCAUGGAGAGGAAAGACAUGAUCCGCCGGAGGAAGGUGCUCGAUAUCCCUGAAUUCUAUGUUGGGAGCAUCCUGGCCGUGACCAUGGCCGACCCCAACGCCAGUGGGAAAACUAACCGCUUUGUUGGCAUCUGUAUCCAGAGGGGUGGGAAGGGGCUGGGAGCCACAUUUAUCCUGAGGAACAUCAUUGAUGGCCAAGGUGUGGAGAUCUGCUACGAGAUCUACAGCCCCCGUAUCCAGCGGAUUGAAGUGCUGAAGCUGGAGAAGAGGCUGGACGAUAACCUAAUGUAUCUGAGAGACGCUCUGAGCGAGUACAGCACCGUGGACCCGGACAUGAAGCCGGUGCCCAUUCCCAUCACUGGAGAGGUGCCUGUCAAUAAGGUCAAGGUAAAGAUGCGGCCAAAGCCGUGGUCCAAACGCUGGGAACGACCCAAGUUCAACAUCCAAGGCAUCCGCUUCGACCUGGCCCUGACCCCGGAGCAGAUGGAGCACGCCCAGAAGUGGGCACAGCCUUGGCAGGAGUACGACAUGCUGAAGGAGUACGACACGUCCGAACUGGAGGUGAAGAUCCUCGACGAGGUCCAGAAGGAGAUGAGCAAGUGAGGACGAUCCUCCUGAAAUGCAAACGUUCGUCAAGUUUACCAUCAACAGACUUUUUCAGGAACAGGAAAGACUGAAAUAUGAGGAUUGGAAGGACAUGGAACAAUCCAAAUGGUUUACUCCAGAUACACCAGUGUAGGCGCGGAGGAGCCAAGAUGGAAGCUGGUGUCGUCGUCUGAGGAGUCAUGUCUGCUUCUGUUUGUCUUGUCAGUGUCACGGGCCUUAGCUAUGACAUCCAUGAAGCUGUUUCUAUAAUAAAAGCUAUUAAACCUUCCAA